CAGUGACCGCCUCUUAAAAUUUAAGUCAAAUCUGUUUGUGUACAGAUAUUUUCGUCUAGAGUUGGUUUUAAUUGCUUGCCGUCAGGAUUGGCUUGGGUACCCUGAGCAACUUAUAACGAAGCACCACUUAUUAUUACAGGUGUGUGUUGGGUACGCCUCAGCAUGGCUGUGGUCAUCCGCUUGCAGGGUCUCCCCAUUGUCGCGGGGACCAUGGACAUACGCCAUUUCUUCUCUGGAUUGACCAUCCCGGAUGGUGGUGUGCAUAUUGUAGGGGGUGAACAUGGUGAGGCUUUUAUUGUUUUCGCCACCGAUGAAGAUGCAAGGCUUGGCAUGAUGCGUACUGGGGGGACCAUCAAGGGGUCUAAAGUGUCUCUUUUGCUGAGUAGCAAGACCGAGAUGCAGAAUAUGAUUGAGCUUAGCCGCAGGCGUUUCGAAACCGGCAACUUGGAGGGACCCGCGGGGAACGGAGGUAGACCGGGGCCCCCAACUAGUUCUGGUGGGGGUGGGAGGGGGAACUUACCAACCACAAUGCAAGGCUUCAGCAGCCCGACGCCGACCACAGUCGCCACAACGGCCUCUACGCACGAGCCCCCCAGCAGUAAAAGUAUACCCACGUUUGUCACAACCAGCAUUGGGAACAUGCCCCCAAGCUUUACCAACAACUUCAGCAGCCCUAACCUUACCAUGGGGUCCACCAUGACCACAGCAAUGUCCACACUGAACUCUGUCCCUCCCCCCAUCCCCCCUCUGCCCACCAUGCCGUCUCUGCCCCCCAUGCCCUCUAUCCCACCCAUGCCAGUUCCCCCGCCUGUAUCAGCUCUGCCUCCAGUGCCCACUGUCGCGCCCUUAACGCCCGUGCCCCCUGGACCCCCUAUGACACACAUGCCCCACAUGUCCACUAUGCCCCCGUUUAAUCCGGGUGUCCCUCCCCCGGUAGGUCCUGUGGGCGGUGGACUUGCCGGCUCAGGGCCGCCCUUAUCGAUGGGAAACCCAAAUCAUAUGUUCCUCGGUCCAAUGAACCCGCUUGGUCCAAUGAACCUCCAGGCCCACAUGAAGCCAGCUGUGGUUAAUCCAGACGAGCUGUUCGUUCAUCUCCACGGCCUGCCCUUUUCAGCUACUGAGAUGGACGUUAGGGAAUUUUUCCAGGGGUUGGGCGUGGAGUCCGUCCGCUUUAUUCGGGAUCACAUGGGUAGAACCAGUGGCAGGGCACUGGCUAAGUUUUAUGCACCCCAGGACUGUUAUGAAGCUCUAAAAAGAAACGCUGGAAUGAUGGGCCAGAGGUACGUAGAGAUCACCCCGGCUACUGAGAGGCAGUGGAUAACGACCAGUGCAGGGAGCGGCAUAGGCGGAGGUCAAGGAUCGUCAAAACACUGCAGCGACCCUGAUCAAGACCACCACCGGCGUGGCUCAAGUUCAGCGUCCCCCUCCGGGCGUGAAAGAGCCAGGUCCCGCUCACCUCACAAACAGGAGUACUGUGUUUAUUUGAAAGGACUGCCUUAUGAAGCGGAAAACAAACAGAUUUUUGAAUUUUUUAAGAACCUGGAUAUUGUUGAAGACAGCAUAUAUAUAGCAUAUGGACCGAACGGUAGAGCAACAGGAGAAGGCUUUGUUGAGUUCAGGAAUGAAAUAGACUACAAAGUUGCCCUGGGCUGCCACAUGCAGUACAUGGGUAGUCGGUUCAUACAGGUGCACCCCAUCACCAAAAAAGGCAUGUUCGAGAAGAUUGAUGUUAUUCGGAAAAGGAUGCAGGGUUCACAGCCGGGUGACCAGAAAGGUAGCUCCUUAGAAGGCGGAGGAAAGAAUGCCAGGACCUGCGCGCAUAUUUCAAAUAUUCCAUACAAUGUGUCCAAGAAGGAUGUCCGUCUGUUUUUGGAGGGGAUCCAGCUGUUUGAGGAGAGCCUCAAGGUCCUCGUUGAUGGCAAUGGUAAUGGUCUAGGGCAGGCUGUGGUGCAGUUCAGAUCAGAAGAGGAGGCAAUGAAAGCCGAGAGGUUGCACAGGCAAAAACUGAACGGGAGAGACGCCUUUGUGCACCUGAUCACGUUUGAUCAGAUGAAAGAUGUAGAGAGAAACCCACCGCCACAGGCUAAGAGAGGGCAGAAGGGCCAAGGGAGCACUCAUGGCCAAGGGCACUCUCAGCCGCACAGUUACCCCGCCAUGGCAGGGGACGAGUACAGCUUCCUCAGAAACAGUGUAGGCAACUUAAACAACGGCCCCCCUUUCGUUACCCCGUUCAGCCCCCCGGGUAAUGGGCUGGGCGGUCCCCCUCCUCCUCUGCCCCCAAUAGGCGGGGCGCUGGGAGACGUUUCGAUGAGCGUCCCCCCGCCCAUGGUGGGCAGUCACUUGCCGGCUCCGGUGCUGGAGCCCCCGGGGUUCCGUCCCGGACCCGGCAGCAACAACGGUCCACCGGGGUUCGUUGGGGGGCCGGAGAGCCUGAGGGGACUGCCGCCUUUUGACAACGGGCCACGAAAGAGCAGCGGCCUCCCGAGCCGAGGAGGGGGACAGGGUCGAUCGGGCGCCCCGCAGCCUGGGUUCGGUCCCGCGUCCGACACCCUGAGAGGGCCGUCCGGUAUUAGCGGAGGCCCUGGCAACCCGCGGCCGACGAUAGUGAAGAUACAGAACAUGCCCUUCACAGUCACAGUAGACGAAAUACUUGACUUCUUUUAUGGCUACCAAGUCCUGCCUGGUUCCGUGUGCCUGCAGUACAGUGAGAAAGGUAUGCCCACUGGGGAGGCGAUGGUGGCUUUUGAAUCGCAUGACGAGGCGAUGUCUGCGGUCCUGGAUUUAAACGACAGGCCAAUCGGAUCCCGGAAAGUCAAAAUAACUUUAGGUUAGGGCCAACAUGCAGUUUUUCUUCUUAGUGAAAUUCUAAACCUGUGAAACAUCAAAGGUGCUGCAUUGUACUGAAUGUUUUUUUAAGUAACACCAAGGUGAGAAAUUAACAUUGAAGGAAGAAUGUUCAUUUUUCUAGCACCAAUUGGUAGUAUGAAUUUAGUCCCCCUACCAAAGUAAUUGAGUUGUUUGUAGAUUAGGGGAGAAAGGAGUGAGGCACUGCAUUAAUUUAAGAGCAUGGUAUGAUUAGUACAGUGGUAUGUGUGGGUUUCCUUUUGUAGCAAAGAGUGGCAGCUUGCUUGAUUCCAAUCAUGUAAAGAGCUGAAGCGGUUUCGUGCGUGUGAAGACCUGGAAAUGGAAUGCGUGUUUGGGGCAGAGGCGCGCAUUCUGCCAGUGUAACGGCUGUGCUGACGUUUUUUCUUUUUAUCGGGAAGCAUGUGAUACUGUUUUCAAAUGCUCUGACGUUUCUGUGUAAUUUGUAUUUCUGCUGUAGAUUUCACCGUUUAUAAUGCCUUCACCUGUGCUUUAGAGGACAUUUAGCAGAUGCACCGAGUGCUGCUGUUCUCGGUGCGUGCAGAGAACAUUCACAAUGUUGCGGUCAAUGCAUCAGCGUGCUUUGUUUUUGGUCCAUGCUGUUUUUCUUUCCCUUAAUAAAAUGCCAUGUCAAUGCGGAUGCUGCCUUGUACGAGAAAUGUGUUGAAAUGCAAUGCGAUCCACAAGGCCAGAUGUCAACUGUACCUCUAUGCUCUCUGUUUUUCCUCUCAAUAUCAAGCAGAAGACUGCUGGGUUUCUUGAAGUUGCAGCAGCAGCCUGACAUUAUGUAUUUGCAAGCUCUUUCCAGCUAUGGUCCCUUCAGAGUAUGUGUCGUGUUUUGCUAAGAUAUAGUUGCUAUUUGGCUUCUGUUUUGUAGUGUUGACCCAGAUCAAUUGUAAUGUUUCAUUUAUUUGGACUUUGUGACGUUCCAGCUCUUUUUUUAUUUUGCAGUUGUAUAUACUGUUCAGCUUACAUAUUUUGUCAAUAAAACGGCAUUCCUAAAAUAA